UGUUUACAGAAGUACAGCAGAAAAUUCAAUCUUCCGUUUUCUGAUCAUGUAGUUUACACUCAUAAUUCUUACAUUUUAAAUAUUAAUAUGCCUCGGCUGUCUUGUGAGGAUACAGAACCUCUGCUAUCGUCCACUCAUAUUGAAGAAGACGAAGAGCAGGCGUCCAGCAGAAAGAAACUUUCAUAUGAGGAGGCUGUUGAGAAAGCAGGGUUUGGUCUCUUCCAUUGGCUGCUGUUAGUAGUCUGUGGAUGGGCAAACGCCAGCGAUGCGGUGGAGAUCCUGUGUGUGUCGUUCCUGCUGCCCACUGCCCGCUGUGACCUCCAACUCAGCUCGGCCGACAUGGGCAUCCUCACCGCCAGCAUCUUUCUAGGGAUGAUGGUGGGCGGUUGUGUCUGGGGCUUUCUGGCUGAUCGCAGAGGAAGGCGGAGCAUCCUGGUGGUUUCUCUGGCUGUCAAUGGCACAUUCGGGGCGGUGGCCAGUUUGGCACCAACUUUCUGGCUCUUUCUGCUCUUGCGGUUCUUCAGUGGAGUGGGGGUCGGCGGCUCCAUUCCUGUCAUCUUCUCAUAUUUUUCGGAGUUUCAGCCGUGUUUGAGGAGGGGGGCGAUGAUUAGUGCUCUGGCAGCCUUCUGGAUGGCUGGAAAUAUUUUAGCUGCAGGUGUGGCGUGGCUGGUGAUUCCCAGGACAUCUCUGAAUGCUGACUGGGGCUGGUUGGAGUUUAAGAGUUGGCGUCUUUUUGUGGUCCUCUGCUCGAUUCCCAGUCUGUCAUCAGCACUGAUUUUCAGACUCUUCAUGCUGGAAAGCCCAAAGUUCCUCAUGGAGGCCGGACGUGAGAUGGAGGCUUUAUCUGUGUUCCAGAAGAUAUACAAACUGAAUAACAGAGGUGCCACAAAACCAUUUCCUGCGUCAGGGCUCAUGAUCAGACCUAAAGAUGAUGAAGUGAAAAACAGACCCAGUCACAGCGGCUUAAGAUUACAGCGCUUCACCAGUCAGCUCAAACAGGCUCUAGUCCCACUGAAACAGUUGUUUGUCAGACCGCUGGCUUCCAGAAGUGUCGUUCUGCUGAUCAUCUUUUUCUGCAUCUCAUUUGGGUAUUAUGGGUUAUGGAUGUGGUUUCCAGAGCUUUUCAAGAGGGCAGAAGAUGGAGGUUCUCCAUGUGCAAACAUGUCCCGAGCCCAAAACACAGAGAACGAAAACUGCUAUCCAGUCAAAACUGCAGUGUACAUGGAGGGUUUUAUAACGGCGGCUUCAAACUUACCAGGAAACAUCUUCACUAUUCUCCUCAUGGACAGAAUCGGCGGGAAAAUCCUUUUGUCCAUCAGUUUACUGGUGUCUGGCGUGAGUGUGUUCAUCAUUUACGUGGUGAAGACUAAAACUCAGAGUCUGAUCGUGUCCUGUGUGUUCAGUGGCGUUUCUGUCAUCUCCUGGAACGCUCUGGAUGUCGUUGGGACAGAACUUUACCCCACACAACUACGCUCCUCGGCUCUGGGGGUCCUCACUGGAGUGGGUCGAGUGGCAGCCAUCAUGGGCAAUGUGGUUUUCGGGCAGCUGGUGGACUCGAGCUGUGCCGUUCCUCUGAUGAUGGUGUGUGUGCUCCUGCUGGCGGGAGGACUGGCGGCUCUGUGUCUGCCUCAAACUAAACAGACUCAACUCACAUGAUGCACAUGCACACACACACACACACACACACUCAGGCAUUAAAGAGGUACAGUUGAAGUCAAAAUGAUUCGCCCUCCUGUGAAUUAAUUUGUCUUUUUCAAAUAUUUCCCAGAUUAUGUUUAACAGAUUCAGGAAUUUUUCACAGUAUUUCCUAUAAUAUUUUUUCUUCUGGAGAAAGUCUUAUUUGUUUUAUUUUGGCUAGAAUAAAAGCAGUUUUUAAUUUUUUUUAAAACCAUUUUAAGGUCAAAAUUAUUAGCCCCCUUAAGCUAUAUAUUUUUUCAUCGGUUGUUUACAGAACAAACCAUCAUUAUACAAUAACUUUCCUAAAUACCCUAACUUGCCUAAUUAACCUAGUUAAGCCUUUAAAUGUCACUUUAAGAUGAAUACUAGCAUCUUGAAAAAUAUCUAGUAAAUUAUUAUGUACUGUCAUCAUGGCAAAGAUAAAAUAAAUCAGUUAUUCAAACUAUUAUGUUCAGAAAUGUGUUAAAAAUAUUAAACAGAAAAUAUACAGGAGAGCUAAUAAUUCUGACUUCAACUGUAGUUCACCCAAAACUAAUAAAAAAUGGUCAUCACUUGUAACAAACCUAUUUUAGUUUUGUUCUUCCAUUGAACACAAAAGAAGAUACUUUGAAAAAUGUCAGAAAAUAGUAACUAUUGACAUCCAUAAUAGGGAAGUCAAUCCGUACUAUGGAUGUCAGUGGUUACAGGUUUACAACAUUUAUAUCUUCUUUAGUGUUUGACAGAAGAAAAAACUCAUAAAGGUUUGGAAACACUUGAGGGAGAGUAAAACGUGAGUAUUUUCAUUUUUGGCUGAACAGUCCAAGUCAUAUGUGUAAUUCUGGGAGCAAAACUCUAAACCAAAGAUUUUGCAGUUUGCACUUUGAGAAGUCCGACCACAAAGAGUUUUUCAUGCCAUUCCAUGUGUCAAAAACGGUACAGUCUUUAAUUAUGGUAAAAUGCUGAGAGUAAUCGGCAGCGUGAAUCAUUAUCUCGAAGGGAUAGUUCACCCCUAAUGAAUAUUUGCUGGUAAUUUACUCACCAUUAGGCCAUUCUUGAUUCAUUAAAGAAGAUUUUUAGCUAAAACUUUGAUUCUUGAUCAUUUUAAAAUGUAAGUCAAUGACUAACAGCACUUUGAGUUAAAAAACACAUACAGGCAAAGCAAAGAUAAUAUACAUGCAAGAAACAUGAUGGCCUUCCAUUUUGCUGUUCCCAAUAUUUGUUUGGAUGGCUUGAGGGUAAAGAAAUUAUUAGUGAAUUUCCUUUUUGGUGAGAAAAAAAGAUUCAGAAUGAGAAUCUAUUAAACUUGAGAAAUCUAUAUUUAGCCCAGCCUUAAAGAAGUAAAAGACCUAUUAUGCAAAAAUCGCUUUGAUAAGGGGUUUAAACACAUUUGUGUGGCGACAGUGUGUGAAUAUAACCAGUUUCUAAUGGUAAAAAUGUAUUCAUUUUAUUUUUUAUAAUCACACUUGAUAAAAACAGUCUGCAGAAACACUUUGACUGACAUUCUGCCUUUGUACAGUACGUGUCAUCAAUUUUGUGUUUCAUGUUUGUGAAUCUGCCACUAUGCUGACACACAGGCAUCUGUAGCUCCGCCCUCUUCUAAAAAAGAGCACAAUCUCAUUUAAAGGGACAGUCACCAAAACGACACAAUAAAAGUCUAUAAAUUCAGUUUCAAACAGUUAUAAAGCAUUAUCUGUGUGGUAUCUGAACUAAAACUUUACACACACACUCAGGGACAGCAGAGACUUCCUUUACAUCUUCUAUUAAGAGGCAUUAUAAGAAUCUCUUUAAGAAUUUGUAUACAUUUAUAAUCAAUAAUUACUUUUUUAACAACCAUUUUGAUGAUUUUACGGAAUUUUUCUGUAUAUUUGACUGAAUUUAUUCAUUUUGUAGCACUUUAUUGUUUGUGCACUGAAAUAAACGAACAUCCAGCAGAA